UAUGGGCGGAGGCGGAGGAGGGAGGGAGCUCGACACCACCCCCACAUGGGCGGUGGCGCUCGUCACUCUAGUGAUCAUUGUGAUUUCGAUCAUAUUGGAGAAGACCAUUCAUAAAACAUCACAUGCUUUUGAAAAGAGGAGGAGAAUGGCAUUGGUUGAAGCUCUUGAGAAAAUCAAAGGAGAGCUUAUGGUGCUCGGAUUCAUAUCCCUACUCCUCACGUUUGGGCAAACUUACAUCACGCAAGUCUGCAUCCCCGAGAAAAUCUCAAUGACAAUGCUGCCAUGUGAGUUCAAGGACGAUCAUCAUGAGGAGGGUGGUGGUGGUGGUGGUGGUUCGGAUGCGAAGGCUCCAAGUCAGGAAGCGGCCCAUCGGAGGAGGCUCCUCUCGUUCGAACGAAGGAUGUUGGCAGGAGGUUCUGACACACCCAAAGGCUGUCAUGAUGGAUAUGUGCCUCUGAUCUCUGUAAGUGCACUUCAUCAGCUCCACAUAUUCAUCUUCUUCUUGGCCGUGUUUCACGUCUUCUACAGCGCUAUAACUAUGAUGCUCGGGAGGCUCAAGAUUCGAGGAUGGAAGGAGUGGGAGAGACAGAUUGCAGAGGAAACUGAUGGAACUUCUGCUGAUGCUGCAAGAUUCAGGCUUACACAUGAAACCUCGUUUGUUAGAAGCCAUUCGAACCCGUUGAUGCAAAAUCCCAUCAUAUUUUACAUAGUGUGUUUUUUUCGACACAUAUUGUAUUCGGUCCAGAAGCCCGACUACUCCACUCUACGCCAUGGAUUUGUAUCAGUCCAUCUAUCUCCUGGGACGAAGUUCGACUUUCAGAAAUACAUCAAGAGGUCGUUGGAAGACGACUUCAAAGUGAUUGUGGGAAUUCCGCCGUAUCUGUGGAUGAUAUCAUGCGUGUAUCUGCUGUUGAACGUCAAGGGAGGGCAGGUUAUGUUCAUCCUGUCGAUUUUCCCCCUACUGGUAAUCUUAGCAGUUGGCACAAAGCUGCAGUCGAUCAUAACACAGAUGGCAAUCGAGAUCCAAGAAAAGCACGCGGUGGUGCAGGGAAUCCCACUUGUGCAAGUCUCCGAUAGGCAUUUCUGGUUCAGCAAGCCUACAUUAGUCCUUCACUUGAUCCAUCUCACUCUCUUUCAGAAUGCAUUCGAGAUCACGUACUUCAUUUGGAUAACGUAUGAAUUUGGGCUGCAUUCAUGUUUCCACAAAUACUUCCUCCUUGCUGUCAUCAGAGUGUGCAUAGGGGUAGGCGUGCAGAUCGUCUGCAGCUACAUUACACUCCCACUCUACGCCCUCGUCACACAGAUGGGCUCAAACAUGAAGAAGUCCAUCUUUGAUGAGCAAACUUCCAAGGCGCUGAUGAGCUGGCACAACAAGGUUAAGAAGAAACACGACCACGACCAUGUCCCACCCAUCCGCACGAAGAAGCUAGGAGAGUGCGACUCAUCACCCGAGCACUCUCCAAAGGAGUCAGGCGCGGACCUGGCUGCAGGUGCGGCUGCCAUUGCUGUUGCUCAGUCGAGCAUUGAGAUGACCGAGAACUCGCCUAAAGAACAGAUGACCGACAUAGACUUGCUAUCGGGGCCUUGAGAAGCUUAGAAGAACAGGCUUGUAAUUUGUAACUGUAGAAGCUGUUUUGCGUCAUUUUGUGACAUGCUUGCUGCACUUGUUUGUAUAUUUUUGUUUGUGAUGUACUAAUAAGUUGCAUUCUUGUCA